AUUUUGUAAAUUGGAGUUUUAAAAAAUGUUAAUUUUUAGUCUUCAAGUAUUGUGUUUAAUAGUUGGUAGCAAUAGUUUUUCAACAUAUGUAGACAAAAUUUUAAAAGAUAAAGAAGAAGAUGUCAAUUACAAGUAGUUCAAAACACUCAGGUGUAACCCAAAACUACAAACAAAACUCAUUUUUACAGAUCAUCAAAAAUUUUCGUGUGAACUCAACAACAACUUUUAAACAAUCCAAAUCCAGAGAAGUAAUACAACACAUAAAUAAUUCUGGCUUGAGAGCUAAAAGUACUUGAAUUUGUAAAACAUGUCUACUUCUGAGCUACCGGUUGAUUCACCAGACAAUCAAGCUGAAGAAAAUGAAGAACAGACUCCUCCAUCUGCCAGUGAUAAUGUGGCUGAGCCAGUAUUGGAGGAAAUGUUGCCAAAAGAAACAGCAUCCAAUAAGCCAGCAUCAAAAGAGCCAGUCAUGAAACAAAACUCUCCAACAGAAGCAGAUCGCAGAUCAACUCUGAGCAAUUUCCCUCUGAGCGAUUCACAAGUGAUGGCAGAACUGAAGGCUGCGGAUCAGAGUGCUCAGAAUACGGUCAAAUUGAUUCAGGCCCUGAGGAGUGACAUUGCUAAAUAUCAGCAGAAAGACGAUAUGACAGACGAUGACAUUAAGACUUUGCAAGGAUUACAUGAUGAUUUGAUGGCGAAACUGAGCGAAUUCGAGGAUAUUUCGAGAAAUGUUCAGAGACUCCUCGGAUUGACUGAUAAGCCUUCUUCACAGCUUGGGUCUCUGCUGAACGAUUAUCCAGAACAGGCAGGAGAUGACCAACAACCUUCCAAACGUUUCUCAAGAGCAGAUAGCAUCAGUCAAAACAAGAAAAUUCUACAUGAUCUGCAAGAAAAUCUUCCAAGAGUGGUCGUGUGUGGGAGGAGGCAUGAGGAUGAUGUGCCCAAAAUAAUUGUCUGUGACGGGCAACCAAAGAAAGACGAAUUCUCGAUUCCAACGCGAGAAGUCCCAGAAAAAGACGGCUCAAAACCCAAAAAGGAUGAUUAUUUGUCUCAAAAUCAAAAAUAUCUUGAAGGUGGAAGUUCAAGACCAGGACUUGAUCCAAAGUUGGCUCAAUGUAACCUAUGGGACCUUUGUAAUUUGUUAAAAGAAGCCUCUUUCAAUUGCCCAUCAGGACAACCUCAAAGCAGUGGAACAAUGGAAGCUUUGCAAGCACAAAUUAAUGAGCUGCAGCACAAAAUGUUACAGAUGUCCAAAGAGAAUGCCAAACUCCAGAAAAAGCUUCUUGCUACUCAAACCCGUGGUCCUGUGAUUUGUAAGAAAAAACUGUGCCAAAAAAUAUCAGGAGCUAUAUCAGAGUCUGAUACAUGCUCUGUUCCGAAUGCCAACGGAGAUGUCACUCCAGAUAAGCAGCUUGAGAAGCAAAUCGAGGUGAUGGAGUGUGUGGUGGCCAAUAUCAAGAACGAAGUCACAAAUGUGCAAACUCAGCGCAAAAAUUUGAAAAGUCAGCAGCAACUGCUGCAGUGCGCUUUCGCUCAUCAACCACCUCGCCAGAAAGAAUUGGCUCUCCAACACCAGAAAGUGGGCUUCGAAACAAAUCCUUGUACCCAGCAGUUAGAAAACCAGUUGAGAGAUCUGAACGAACAAUACUGCCGAUUGGAUUGUGAGUUAAAGGAGAAGGUUAAAGAAACCUCUCAUCUGAGGACUGAGCUGCAGGCGAGGGACAAGAUUAUCGAGCAAAUAAAUGAGCGAUGCUAUCUGGCUGAGGCCAGAGUUGAGGAUCUUGUUGACCGGUUGAACAUGGUUGAUGCCGACCGAAGACAGGAAAUGGCUGACCAAGCAAAGUAUUUAGACAUGAAGCAUCAGUCGGAAAUGGCCAUACAGAAUUGGAAGGAGGUUCAGCAGGAAUUGGAAGCGCUACAAAUAUUUGUUGAAGAUCGAGACACUGAGAUUGAAAGCUACAGGAAUAAGUACCUUAAAGCCCAACAAGAUAUGGAGGAACAGAAGAGAUACGUGGAAAAACUCAAUAUACAAAGCCGUGAAAUCAAGGAGCAAUUGUUAACAGAACUCCAGCAGUAUAAGAGUCAAAUUCAGGAAAAAAUUGCUGAACUGCUACCGUUGCCUGAGAAAUUGAGGAAUGCUGAACUGAAAAUGACCUUAUACCAGGAGAACAUUGAAGAAUUGACCAGGGAAUUGAAUGAAGCCCGUGACAUAAUUGCUUACCAAAACAAUUCAUCAAAUAUAACUAAAGAGGAAAGAGAUGCGCUCUUGGAGGAGUUAACGAAGAAGGAAGCGAAACUUCAGGAACUUCAAAAUGAAAAUCUAGAAUACAAAGCGGUUCUCCUGAGAUUUGAGGAGUUGACUCAACAAAAUGAGUGGCUGUACGAGGAGAAAGUGCAUGAAGUGACGCAGCUUUCUGCUCAGCUGACAACUUUGAGGGAGGAGUCAGCUAGGAUCUGCGCUAAUCUGAAGGAGAGCAAUGAAAAUAGCAAGCAACGAUUUUUGGAACGCAUUUCAGCUCUGGAGAAAGAACUGGCUUCCACUAGAGCUGUGGCAAGUGCAGCUUCAAAAGAAAGAGAUGCAAGCAUUACUUCAACUACAUAAUGUCAUCAGACAUUCCUCCACGAAAACUAACAGUUUACAAACUGCUGCCAAUCAGCUGAAAAACUCGAACAGUCGAGUUCUGGUUCUGACUGGGGCAGGACUCAGUACAGCCAGCGGAAUACCAGAUUUUCGUUCCCCAGGCUCAGGUCUCUACAGCAACCUAGAAAAGUACAACUUACCCUAUCCGGAGGCCAUAUUCGAUCUGUCCUACUUCCAUGAGAACCCCAAACCUUUCCUCACACUCGCCCAAGAACUGUAUCCCGGUGCAAAAUAUGUGCCCAAUAUCGGACACUAUUUUGUUAAAUUGUUGGAGAAUAAAAAGAAACUUCUUCGUGUUUUCACUCAGAAUAUAGAUGGAUUGGAAAGGUUGGCCGGAGUAAGUGACGAGUAUCUAGUUGAAGCACAUGGCUCAUUUGUGACUGCCUCUUGUACAAAAUGCAAACGACAGGUAGAUGGACAGUUAGUCAAACAACAAAUCAUGAACAACGAGAUACCCGAGUGUGUGUCUUGUAGAAAUCUAGUCAAACCCGAUAUUGUGUUCUUCGGAGAACAGUUGCCGGAACGCUACAUGGAACUGAGUAUGAACGACCCGUUCCUAGCCGAUUUUCUUAUUGUGAUUGGAACUUCCCUCCAAGUUUAUCCCUUUGCAGGGUUGGCUGAUAUGGUGCCGUCAAAUGUUACACGAUUGCUGAUCAAUCGUGAAACGGUCGGAUCGUUUGGCAUGCGUGAUAAUGAUUUAGUUCUGAACGGGGAUAUAACAGGUAACAUUGAAUUGUUUGCUAAGGAGCUUGGUUGGUGGGAGGACUUACUUACUAUUGAAAAGAAUUCUGCUUUAUGAAAACGAAGUGCAAUUAUAAAAAUAGACAUGAGUGAACCAGUAGAUUGAAAUGCUAAUUUGAUUAUAGUAAAAUGAUAUUUUUCAAUCGAAAGAUAAUAAAAUAAAUUUAGAUGUG